AUGACUUCGACAUCGUUCUUGUUUGUGCAAGUGUGGAUGAGCUACGCCCAAUUCGAGAGCAGCGUUGCCCUCGAGGAAGAGAUCGAGGCCGCGGAGCAAGAACGGGAUCCGGACAAUGGUCUACUAGAAGACCAACAACGAGAAAGGGACGCACGCACGCGCGCCGUUUACGAGCGCGCCCACGAGUCACUCAAGGCCGCGUCUCCGGAUCUCAAGGAAGAAAGAGUGUUGUUGCUGGAAGCCUGGAGGGACUUUGAGCAAGGUAGCGGCCCGGACGCUGAAAAGGCGCAGGAGGUAGAGGCGAAAAUGCCUAAGAAGGUGAAGCGGAAACGGCCGAAUCUGGAGGCGGAUAAUACGCCGCAGGGCAUGGAGGAGUACUACGACUACAUCUUCCCGAAUGAGGCUGGCGGCCGGCCGAACCUUAAGAUUUUGGAAGCUGCAUACCGGUAG